GUAAUAAAUAUAGAAUUGAAAAACCGGUUGUAAAGGGGUUAAAUAGAUAUAAAAAUGCAGCAGUCUUUAGUACUGGUACCACAAAAAGCGGUAGCUUCGAAUUUGUACCACUCUGCUCACAGAGCGUGUUCGAAGUGCACGUAUUCGAGGAGAAAAAGCUAAAGCUACCACUAAAUCGAUAUUUCUACAAAGCUUUUUUACCAAGUGGCAACCAUGAAUUUCGCGGCAACUCACAAAUAAAAUAGUUUCGAAGAAUCACGAUUUCGAGGCUAAUAUCGAUGUAAUCCAUUUCAGACUAUCAACAAAUUCUUUUUGGAAGACCAUUAAGAUGGCCCUAAAAAGCGGGACGCUGCCGAGUCUUGUGCAGCGGGAGCAGCAGUGCGGCAAACACGGUGACCAACCUGCUUCUGUCUGGUCGAUUUUUAGGUGAAUUAUGGAACCGACCGGCUUGGUUAUGGUCUCUAUUGAAAGGGUCAUCAAAUCUCGGUAAAACCAAGGUAGAAUAAAUGUAUAAUAUUACUUGCACGUGCAGGCAUACCUGUUUAACCGAAGUACUAAUUUUCACAUAUUUUUGAACUUUGAAGGAAAAAAGAAAGCGAACCCCCCUCGACCCCUGGGUUUGGAGUGUGAGGUGUUGUUCCUGAACAUAUUCUUUAUCAUAUUCAAAAGAGAUCGGAUCCCCCCACGUCCCACCCCGAAUUUCCCAGGCAAAAGAUACUUUCAGCUCAGCGUAAAAAACGAGCGCCUUAGUGCAAAUUCAUUUACAAGCGCAGUCGCUUCGCAGUAUGAAAUUGUAUGGCGGGCAUACAUUUUUUCCAGUAUGGCGGCUUUAAAUGAUUUUAAAUGAAUGUAUAAUGAUUAACUAUUCUUCAAAAUUAUUAAAUAAAGUAAAAUUGAAUGAUUAUUUUGAACAAAAAGUGGAUACAUUUUAGCUACCUUCCCCCUUUUUAAUGUAAUAUGUGGUAUGAAAUAUUGUUUUCGAGAUUUAUCGGUGCAGGUAAUAAAGGAUAAAAAGGGGUUGUCUCAUAUUAUUAUUACUACAGGUAAUAAAUAUGAAAUUGAAAAUAUAAAGACCUGCAUUUCUUUGAGGAGUUCAGACUGUUGUAAAUAUAAAUACCUGCAUUUUUUGGGGAGUUCAGUCUUAAUUGUACUUUUAAAACGAGAACAAAAAUGGAACUAAAUAAUUUGAAGGUAUUCGAAUUAUGGAUCAGCUCGUUUACUACCAGUGAAUUUGAGUUAGCGAUCCAAAAGGAUUUGGCUGUACCAAUCUCACCUGAAGACCCCAAGAAAAUUCAAAGAUUAUUUUAUUUCCUUAACAGAAAUGAGGCAUCAUAUACAAAUAAUCGAUUUGCAAAGAGGAAUUCUAUAUGGCUAAGUGGUAUAAGAACGUUUGCAGAGAAGACAAAUUUGGAACCCGAGCCCAGCACAUCCCAAGGACUAAAAAGAGGACGCCCAACGAAAUCAUUAGAGGAAUCUUGCGAAUUGGCGAGGAGGAGAAAAUUGCAAGAGACCACGCAACAUAUCCACACGCGCUACAUGUCCCAGGCGCUGUCAACGAAGUAUGAAAAGGAUCAGGACAAAACAAGGGCUCAACUAAGAAGAGUAGAGACUGCAAGUCCGGAGGAACUGCAGAGGACUAAAGAAAACAUUUCUGGACCUGCGAAGCUAUUUUCUACCAGUACAAGGAUCCAUCUGGACGACAAAACUAUUUCGGAGGGAAAUAUGUUCAUGGCUUCCGUUGUCCCCCUUCGACUCAGAAGUGACGGUUCUGACUGCUGGAAAAAUCCUCGGCCUUCUUCGGUGCAUUACUGUCGCCCCAAGUAUGCAAAAGAAACCCGAACAUUGACUGACAUCGAGGGCCAAAUUUCUGAAAUAAAACCCACGGAUUAUAGGACUAGGAAAGGAAGGAGCAUCAAGGUACAAUAUGAAUUUGUCCUUACAAUGGUUGAUGGAAAAGAUCUCAAUGUACUGACGGACACUAAGUCAACAUGGAAGUGUGCCAUCUGCCAUAAAAACAAAAAGGAUUUCAAAAGCGUGGACGACUCGAACAAGGAUUACAGGUUAAGGACUUUGGAGUUCAUUUUCAAACUGGCGUACCAACUUCCAAGAACCAAUGAACAUUUUGAUGAGGGCAAAAGGAAAAAGAAGCGAUCAGGAAGAAAAUGAUACAGGACGAAUUUAAAGAGAAGCUAGGACUAAAGGUAGACUCCCCAAAACCAGUUUACGGGAAUACCAACUAUGGGAAUACCUCCAGAGCAUAUUUUCACAAUCACAAGGAAGCUGCUAAAAUUACUGGAGUAAGCCAACCCAUAAUAGAAAGAUUGGGUGUGAUCUUGAACGCAGUAAAUUGCAGAGAAAGCGUGAAUGCUGAAAAAUUCGGAAAAUAUGCUGCGGAGACAUCACACCUUCUACCUAUCCUGAUAAGAAGAUGACGCAAACGAUUCACAAAAUGCUCCAAGCACAUGAAAAUGUCAAGGACGAAACAAAAUGCGGAUCUAUUUGGUAUGUUGGCGGCAUCUUCUGAUCAUUUUCUGGCUUCGUUA